UCAUCACAGGCCAAUCACAACACGCCUGACAAACUACUCUGGGCUUAAUCCUUGGUGUUUUUAUUUUCAUUGCUGCAUUAGAUUUUUCAGCUGUUUUCGAUGGAAUUUGGCUAGAUCAUAGAUUGGGACCAUGAACCACCACAGUCACAACGGUCAUUUCACAAAUCACCACUCAAACCACGUGAAAACGAAGUCUGAGUUAUCCCAAGUGUCUGUAGAUGAAGAUGCUUUACUAAAUAAGAAGUUACCAAAAGAAUUAUUACUGAGGAUAUUUUCUUAUUUGGAUGUGGUAACACUCUGCAGAUGUGCACAGGUGGCAAAGUAUUGGAACAUCCUAGCAUUAGAUGGCAGUAACUGGCAGAGAGUGGAUUUGUUUGAUUUCCAGACUGAUGUAGAGGGUCCAGUGGUAGAGAACAUAUCAAGACGUUGUGGAGGAUUUCUCAAGUCACUAAGUUUGAAGGGAUGUCAGUGUAUAACAGAUGGUGCUCUAAAGUAUGUGUCUUGA